AUGGACAGCUCUCCCGCCUCGCCUUUGGCCCCCAGGGAUCCCAGCUCCCCUGAAUCUUCGAUCGGCGAACAAAUCGCCACUCUACAGGCCCAGCUUGCCGCUCUGCAGGCCUCGCAACCCGCCGCCGCCGCAGCCGCCGCACCCCCGGCCGUCACCGUCGUGCCGGGGAACGCCGCCACCGCAUCCAAGGUCGUGUUUCCCAAGCACGCUCGUCUGGACGGCCCCAAGUCGUUCACCAACUGGUUGCGUCAACUCCGUCUUGCACUCCCGAACCAGGUUCGUGGUUACGUUCUCGACGGUGUCGUUCCCCCGACCUGGACCGCCGACCAGCUUGCCGCACGUGACGACGCCGCCCGGGAAAUCAUCGUUGGCUCUAUCGACUCCGCCGACGUAUCGGCCACCCUCGACGCCAUCCCCAGCGACGACCUGUCGGCACCGCGCAUCUUUGCCGCUCUCAAGGCUCGUUUUGCACCGGACGACGCUACACGCACUCUCGAGUUGUUCGCUCGCCUUUGGGACUUCAGGAAGAUGCCUGCCUCCGUCGAGGCCUACGACACUUGGCUACGCGAGUACAUGUCGAUUGCUCAGGAAAUACGCGACGCCAAAACAUCGCUCAACGACGUGCUCGCCACCCACGUGCUCGCCAUGGUCCCGUCUUGCCUCGACAGCUUCCGACUCACGUUCACGGACGAGCAGCGAAACCGACGCGACCUUCCCGAACUCACGACGCUUACGGACCGCAUUCGCAUCCAGCUUCGUUCGGCAGGACUCUCGACCUCGCAUUUGGCCAUGCUUGCCACCAGCUCCCCCUGCCCCGCCUGCCGCGCUCCCGGUCACCGCCUGCGCGACUGCACUUCACGUGCGAAGCACCCGCCCACCGGCCCCUGCCGCCGAUGCCACAAGAAAGGUCACUGGGCACUCGACUGCAAGAACCGGGGUGAACAGGCACGUAGCAGCGACGACACCCAGGACGACACGUCUUCCUCCGCGGCCUCGCAACCGAACGUCGGCUAUUUCGCCUCCUGCCUCUUCGCUCGUCGCCAACUCCCAACUGACGCCUUUGUAGUCGAUUCGGGUGCCACGACACACAUGGUCGCCGACCGAUCUCUAUUCACGACUUAUCGUCAGACGGCACACACCAAGAUCGGCGGCAUCGCGGGCGGCAUCACGGCUAUCGGCAUGGGGGACGUGGCAUUCGUCGCCAAGACUGGACACCCGAUCACGCUCCGUGGUGUUCUUCACACGCCUGGCCUACACGUCAACCUCCUCUCUGUCUCUCGCCUCUGCGACACCGACCGCGUUCGUCUCGCCUUCACCAGCGACGGCAUCGACAUCGCCAAGGACGGCCGGGCCAUUGCUCACGGUACCAGGGUCAACGACGGUCUUUACCUUUUGGACGCGGAUCACACCAAGUGUCAGCAUCUUGCCUUCCUCUCACGCUCUGAGUCUCCCGUGCCCCUGCUUACCCUACACCGCUGCCUCGGCCAUCUUGCCCCAUCCUCUAUACAGAAGAUGAUUGCUGCAGGUUUGCUGGACGGGUUUGGGGCCGGGUACAGUGACAAAGACGUAGAGGAGUUUGUUUGCAAUGCUUGCCUUGGUUCCAAAGGUCACCGCCUUCCCUUUCCCGACUCUGAGUCGCAUUCCGCCGAGAGACUUGGCCUCGUGCACAGCGACGUCCUGUCGUUCCCCACUCCGUCCUUGACCGGGAAGCGCUACCUUGUCACGUUUCUAGACGACCACUCUCGCAAACUCUGGGCAUAUGCGAUCGAUCACAAAAGCGAUGUUUUCCCGACCUUCCAGACUUGGCUCGCCGAAGUGGAGUUAGAGACGAACGCGCGGUUGAGGAUCCUUCGAACCGACAAUGGCGGGGAGUACCGAUCAAACGCAUUCACGGAGUUCUGCAAAUCCAAGGGUGUCAGGCAAACAGCGAUACACUGACAGCAACACUCGAAGGAAGUCCCUGAGGUAAUGUGCAGGUAGAGUUGAGGUCACCAAAUGCUUCCCUCCAUUCAAGCAUUGUGGGCGUGAUGGCGUAGUCGUUCGGCGCGCGGGCGCGCACUUAAUGGUCGCGGGUUCAAGGCGCGCAGAGCGCAAUCUUCUCUCGGUUUUUGUUCUUUUUGUUAGCUGAGGCGCGGCCUCAGGGUUUUUACCGGUGCUCCCGCGAGCAAUCCUUUUUCCCCCUGAGGCGACCUCUUGGAGUAGCUGAAUUGGCUAAGUCCCCUCUGCGCCUGAGUGCCUCCCUUUUGUUUUUAGCACCUUCCCACUCAGCCUGGUCCGCCACAUCUCCCAAGAUCCCUUCACCUUCAUCCUUCGUUUUCGAUCUCGUUGGCAAUAAAGUCCGAUAUACUUGACUUGCUGCGAGCCUCACAACCGCGUCCCCUCCUCGGUUGUCCCUCGGUCGCCUGCCCCCGCCCAGUCGACCUUCCUUCGGCCUGAUCCCCUCCUCCGCGUGUAGUCAACGUCUUCUGAAGAGGACGUUGCCUGCCAAAGGGCAUUCGUCGUCAAUACUCUAUCCCUUACACGCCUCAACAAAACGGUCGCGCCGAACGUGUCAACCUCUCCAUCGUCGAGGGCGUCCUCGCUCUCCUUGCGGACGCCCGUCUGCCGGCCACCUUUUGGGAUGAAGCGGCUGCGUAUUUCGUUUAUUGCAAAAACAGGUGCUCACACUCAGCUUUGGCCAAACAGACUCCAGAAUCCGUUUGGAACGGCCAACGCACCACCGCCACCGCCCUCCACCCGUUCGGCUGCACAGCCUGGCUCACGGUCGCCCCGGACCUUCGCAGCAAGCUCGACCCCAAGGCCGCGCGCGUGAUCUUCACAGGUUACGACCUCGCCUCCAAAGCUUUCCGUUUCUUUGACCAUUCCAUCAACAAGAUUGUACUUGGUCGCAAUGCCACCUUCCUCGACGACGACUUCCCCGGCCUGCCAGUCACCACGCCCGUCGAUGCAGACGACACCGACCGUCAGUUCGUCGUUCCCGCCGACACGCCCGCCCCUGCCGUCAAGACGAGGACCCCACUAGUAAGGUCGGCGCACAUGGACGUCUCAUCCUCCCUUGAUGAUUCUGCCAUGAGCGCCGUUGACGUGGCCCCAGGGUACACUGGCGGAACCUUACUUAAUUCCACAGAUACCGAAUCGUCCUCGUCACCGUCUCCUGAGCCGUCCUCGUCACCGUCGCCCACAAACCCUUUGUCACCGUCGCCUGCGCUGUCACCGUCGUUGGCAGCGUCAUCGUCACCCUCGGUCUCACCGACCGACUCUGACUACUCCGCCGACCCUCUGGACCUCAUCGGCUCACAGACCCCGACUCGCCUUGGCCCACCGGACGUGCACCGCCCAGACUUCAGCACGUACCGUGAGCCCGCAUCGGCUGAGGAGUCGCCCGACGAACUCGACAUCAUUGGGCGUCACUCGCGCGAUGAAUCGCCGGAUGAAAUCGAUUUCCUCACCCAACACCACCGCGCCUUCAUCGCCACAGACGACGACGACCCCACCCUCGACGCCAUCGAGCCCGUCAAAUCGAUCACUAGCGACCCCCAGACCUGGCGCGAAGCAAUGUCCAGCGACGAGCACAACAUCUGGGCUGAGGCCGCCGCCGCCGAGUUCACCGCCAUGCGCGACGACUUCAAGGUGUUCACCAUCGAGCCUCGCUCAUCUGUACCGCCGGGCGCCACCAUCGUCACCUCCAAAUUCGUCUGGAAGACCAAGCGCAACGCAAGCGGUGAAGUCACGGGGCGGAAGGCACGUCUUGUAGCGCAGGGUAACCGACAGCGCGACGGCAUCGACUUCUCAGAAACCUUCGCACCCGUCGCCCGUUUCUCCUCCAUUCGCUGCCUCCUGGCUCUUGCCGCUGCCAAUGGCUGCCACGUUCAUCAGGCCGACAUCGACAAGGCUUACCUCCACGGCGAGCUCGAUCAUGAUAUCUGGAUGACGACACCACGCGGUUUCGACUUCCCGAGCGAUAAGGUUCUCCGGCUGCGACGCUCAAUCUACGGUCUCAAGCAGGCCGGUCGCAUCUGGAAUCGUCACAUUGACACAUCACUCAGGAAUCUGGGGUACAAGGCAACAGGCACUGAUCACUGCAUUUACUCUCGCAUUGACGAUCAGCAGCGGCCUCACUAUAUCGCCUUGUAUGUCGACGACCUCCUCAUUGUCAGUCCAGCCCUCGACGAGAUCGAACGUGUCAUCUCCGGCCUUGAACAGCGGUACGGCGUCAAACGACUCGGCCCCGCGGAGUACAUCCUCGGAAUCCAAAUACGCCGCCUGGACGACGGUUCCAUUGCUCUAUCCCAGGAGCGCUACAUCAUGGACGUGCUGGCCCGUUUCCACUUCGACACCACGACACGCGGCACUACGGUGCCGAUGACGCCCGGCCUCUCGCUCACGGCAAUUCCGGGUCAGGGAACGGAGCGCAUUCGUUCGUGGUACCUACAGGCCAUCGGCUCCCUCCUCUACAUCUCCCUUGGCACUCGACCCGACAUUGCCUUCGCCGUCUCGUACCUGUCCCGGUUCGCCAACAACCCCGGCCGCCGCCAUUGGAUUGCCGUCAAACACGUCCUUCGCUACCUUCGCGCCACGUACCGCGAUGAGCUUCUCUAUGCCCGCGGCCCAGCAAAAGUCACGGGUGUGGUUGGUUAUUCUGAUGCGAACUGGGGCGCCUGCGUCGACACAUCCAUUUCAACGAUGGGCUACGUAUUUUACUUGGCAGGCGCCGCUGUCUCUUGGUCGUCGAAGCGUCAGACUCGGGUAGCGGAUUCCACCACUGAUGCCGAGUACCUGGCCUUGUCGCACGCGGGUAAGGAAGCGAUCUACCUUAACCAACUCCUCUCCGAGCUCCACGUUUGCCCAAUCGCUGCAGCUCACAUCUUCACCGACAACGAGGCCGCGGCCGCCGUCGCUCACGACCCCGUUCGCACCUCCGGCACCCGGCACAUUCGCCUCCGCGAGCAUUUUGUCCGUGACAUGGUCAAUCGAGGUGAUAUCUCUCUCUCACACGUUGGCACAGCAGACAUGGUUGCGGACGUAUUCACCAAAGCGCUAGGCCCCAAGAUUUUUGGUACACAUUGCUAUGCUCUAGGCCUCCGGACGCGACAUCCACGGCUCAAGUCUACCUCGCGUUCGCGUGGGGGGGGGUGUGAGGAAUCCACUCUCCGCUCGGCUCAGGACUUAGGCGCGCGGAGCGAACCGGGCGCGGACUUAGGCGCGCGGAGUGAGCCGGGCGCCCCGGCCCAGGACUUAGGCGCGCGAAGCGAGCCUGGGACUUAGGCGCGCGGAGCGAGCCUGGGCCAUUGGCUCAGCCCCAGGCUCGCUGGCUGUGGACUUGGGGCGCGCGGGUCUCUUAUUGUUAGCUUCCUAUUCAUCACUCUUGGCUAUAACUACAUCGCUGACGUAGUAGAGUUGAUCGAAUAGGUAUGUUGAAAUGCAUUCAUCACUCUUGGCUAUAACUACAUUGCUGACGUAGUAGAGUUGAUCGAAUAGCAACCUCCCGAAACGAUCCGGUCCGUGCCGCCUCACGAUUCUCCAGCGACCCCCCGGUCCCAACUUAACACGUUCUUGGUUCGAUGGGUAGGCCGUAACAACACCGACGAUACUUGGAUGUCAAAGCAGUCCCUUCGCCUUGACCAUCCGUCCGUCCUCGACGCCUACUUCGCGCACCUCGAUUGCUCGAACCGCCGCCUCGCCGCACGGUAG